AAAAACAUGAGAGCUAUUGUGGUUUGUUACACAUCAUGUUAGUUUUUCCUAUGUUCUUUUAGUGUUCGCUUCUAUUCUUUAGUUUGUCGAGGAUCUUUUGGAAGGCUGAUGCAUGCUAUGGCUAUGGCUCUGGAAAUUGGAGUCAUUUUAAGGAACCCCAACGCCUGCUGCAGCAGAUCAUUAUUCUAUAUGUCCCAUCACUAUGCCAUAUUGGGUCUUGCCAGGCCCAGGACAUUGCCAUACACGGAUGAUAAAAUUAAGUACUCUGCAAAGCUUAAAUAUGUCAAAGAAGUUGCAGAAAACACUGGUGUGACCUUGGCCAGUAUACAGGUGGCUUAUGGAAUGAUGAAAGACAUUGGAUGGUGUAGAAUGGAGCUACAUCAGUAUAUUCCACGAAAAGAUGGCAUGGAAGAAAUCACAAUUAUAGAUCCCACGAUCGUUCAGUUGGUUAAAUCAAUAAAAUCGUGAAUGAACUUUAUCAAUGACUAUUGUUUGUUGUUGCAGAUCAUUAGUAUAGAG